AAUAGGAGCAAGACACGCAUAUCCGUUCAAAGAGCCGCAUAGAACGUUUCCUCGAAUUGAAUCGUCGCAGCUGCUUUUUCCACUGCAAGAUGUCUGCCAGGAUUUUGAUGCUUGCACUCGUCUUAGGCUUCUCAGUGAAACAAUCCGCUGGCUCGUGGAAAGAUGCUGUCAUUGUCGGGAAAAUGUUGAUAGAUUCGUUCUCUUCGAGGUACGUCGAACAAACCAGUAUUACGGCUGCCGAAGAGCUCGUGAGCGGACUAACUUUCGAAACAUACAGCGAGAAAAUCUAUUGCCAGAUCCUCACAAAGAUCAAAGAGACAGACUUUGAAGCUGUUGUGAACAGAAUCUCAUCACGUUACCAGAUUCCAUAUGAAAUAAAAGGGACAAUCAUGGACGGGCAGUACAGCGGCGAUGCCAAUCAAGCUGUAGUCCGAGAAUUUAAAUUCCAGAAAGGUGGCCCGGGAAAAGUUCUUUAUGGCAAGACUGUCUCUUAUAAACGUGAAGAUUCCACAAUCGAUUUAGCUUAUGUUUUCUUUUACUUGGAUUUCAAAUUGGCGCCAAGCAAAAUCGAGGAACGACACCGGAAGCAGUUUCUUUUCAUUACUUAUGGAUCCCAAACCGUUGUUCGCUAUGAAGAUCGUAACAUGGCGGAGAAAGACAAGGAACAUAUCUUCGACUUCUACCGGGCCAAGGCUCUGGAGGGAUUUAUACAAGAAUAUCCUCAACUGGCAGCUGAACGAGAUGAACUGGCAGCUGGACGAGAUGAACUGUGAGCUGUAUAGAUAAGUAAUAACACUGACAACCAUGAUUAUUUUAUCGGUAAGACAAGUAGCAAUCAGUAGUUCCCAGAAAAAAGUGAUUUUGAAUUCUGUAAAGAUACAUCGGAAUGACUGUUUUCUUACAGAAACUUGGAUUUCUAGCUAUUUCUGGAAGAUUUUUCCAGAAUACGAUCUGAAUGUUAAGAUCAAUUUUCUUGAGUAUGCUCUUAACUUAGAAGGGUUUUUUCCGUUAUUAUAAAACUUUCUCAGUUUCAAAUCACCUGGUAAAAAUUUUGGGAUUUUGUAGUUUCUAUAUUGUUUCCUCGAUCGACUGAGACAAUGAAAUCUUCGCAAUUUACGUAUUGCUGUUGUACACAUGAUUGUGAAAUAAUUUCCGGGUCGUUUGUCACGACAGGUUUCUGAUCAUUAGUUCAGAUCAGGUAACAAACAGCAUCAUAAUUUGUACAAUAUAUUAAGACACAAUUGUGAAACGUAUACAGACGACUAUAUGGGCCAAGUUUAACUUUUUCUUUGUUUUUUCCUGUCCAAAUAAUAUAAGAUGGCAACAAGAAAGGCACACAGAUAACUCGAAAAUGAAAAUGAUAGUAACACGUCUUUAGAUGACAAAAGGCCCUCGCGAGGAGGGGAGAGCGUCACGGUCACCUAAAGCUUGUUUUUUUUUUUGUUUGUUUUUUGUUUUUUGUUUUUUGUUUUUUUUUUUUGUUUUGUUUUGUUUUGUUUUUUUUCUUACUUUGAAGAACAUUCACUGAAACACAAAAUCCUUUUUGUGUCUUAUCAUAACUUGAAGAAAUAUCAUGUAAGCAUUUUCCUAUGGAUUACAAGUAAAACUUCGGCUACAGGUAGUACUUGAAACAUUUCUUUCAAAGAUUUCCAUAGCUAUUUUUGGUACCAUCCUCACGAUAUAUCGGCGAUUUUAACCUUUUCUUGAUUCUUGGAUUUUUAGUGACCCUUCAAAUGUCUACUUUUGUGUCAUCUAUUUGUCUACUUCGACGCGCGUUUUAAAGAAAGAAAUAAUAGAAACCCAUGACGGCAGCGGCUGUGCACGUGGGUUAUAGUCCUUUGUAAAUUUCUUUGUCGUCCUCUGCACAACAACAACGUGAAGUGACUAUGUUAACAACGGCGGCUAUUGUUUUGGUAUUUCAACUUCAGUUGGAAUUGAUCGUUGGCGUUACAUAUUUAGCUCGAGCAAGUUCUGAGGCAAAUAGCCGCACUGAACGGAUCUAGACAAUUGCGAAAUUCGAAGGUAAAAUAUAAAUUCAUUUUUUCUCAGACGUUAUCCUCGGCGGGGUCGCCGUCGUCAUUGCUUAAGUUAUUUAAUAUCCAUUGCCGUCCCGCUUUCAUCAUCAAGUUUGCCCAGAAAGAGCCAUCACUGCUGCCAUCAGUCCAAGGUUCCUUUCAGAACAGAACAUUUCGCCAUUUUUAAAGAUGUUGAGAACGUCAGCUGUUAUUUUCUAUUAAAUUGAUAGGUACACGGA